AUGAAUAAGCCUAUUUAUAGAGAGUACUCUAACUUAAAAGGGGAUGACGGAGAUCCUAACAACACCAAGUUGGUCCAAAUCAAUGACGACAACAGUCAUACCUAUGUCGAAAAUUCUAUAAAACAAACGUUCAAUGAAUACAAUAAAUACUAGGAACCAAAUAUUUUCUCGCCCUCUAACAGUAAUUGCGAGAAAAAAGAGUUGAAAACUGAUACUUAGAGAGAACUCAAGGCUCCCAGACUUAUUAUCUAAAAUAUAACGGACUCCGACAAGCUCAUAGAAAUAACAACUACUGAUCAUGUUGAGAAGGAAGACCCUGUAAAGUCCUUGAAGGGCAUGUUGGGUUUGGAGACUGUGGAAUAUCAAAAAAAAAGAAUCAAAUUCAGAAAUCCGACUUAUGAGUUUAAGGUGAGACAAAAGAAGAUAUUAAAUUGGAAGUCAGAGGCGAUGAAUAGAUGGAAAAUCAAUCUCAUUAUAAUUUUGUUUGUGGUAAGACUGGAGAAGAACUUGAAUCACAAAAAUCAGAUAAAACAUUAGACUCAAACAACCAUAUAAGAAAGUGAGAAUCGAGUUAAAAAGAUUUGCAUCUCAGUAUUAAAAUUGAUGUUUGGAUUAUUUUUAGCAAUGUUAAUAAGUUUAAUGUUGUUGCCCUUUAUUUUAAUUUCAGAUUUAUUCUUAAGGAUUUACACUUACAAUAGUUUAUAUGUAAAAUAUGCAUGGUCAUAUGACAACAAAUGCUACAGGGUGAUUCUAUUGCUGCAAUUGUAUAUGUAUGCUUUAGCCAUCGUAAUAGCUGUAAUAACCAAUCUCUAUCAGAGUUUGAUAACAACUGUUGAAUUGAUAUACAACAUAGUAGGUACAAUCUAAAAUAAUAUAUCCAAUCUCAGUAGAUUAUUAUUUUCUACCAUCAACACAACAUUCUCUAAAUAAAAAUGA